CAGCCCUCGGGCCGCCCCUCGCGCGCUCCUGGCGGGUUCUCCUCCCCGGACUGCGCAGGAGGGCCUGCUGGUGGUGGUCCAUGUGGUCCAUGGCGCUGCCCGCCUGGCUGCAGCCCAGGUAUAGGAAGAACACUUACCUUUUCAUUUACUACCUAAUCCAGUUCUGUGGCCACUCAUGGAUAUUUACGAAUAUGACAGUCCGAUUCUUUUCAUUUGGAAAAGAUUCAAUGGCUGACACUUUUUAUGCUAUUGGGCUGGUGAUGCGAGUUUGCCAAUCCAUUUCCCUCUUGGAAUUGCUGCACAUAUUUGUGGGCAUUGAAUCAAACCUACUACUUCCGAGGCUUUUGCAGCUCACAGAGAGAAUAAUCAUCCUCUUUGUAGUGAUCACCAGUCAAGAGGAAGUUCAAGAGAAAUAUGUGGUGUGCGUUUUAUUCAUCUUUUGGAAUCUAUUGGAUAUGGUUAGGUAUACUUACAGUAUGUUAUCAGUCAUAGGAAUAUCUUACACUGUCUUGACCUGGCUCAGUCAAACAUUGUGGAUGCCGAUUUAUCCUUUGUGUGUUCUUGCUGAAGCAUUUGCCAUCUAUCAAUCGCUGCCUUAUUUUGAAUCAUUCGGCACUUACUCCACAAAGCUGCCCUUUGACUUAUCCAUUUAUUUCCCAUAUGUGCUGAAAAUAUAUCUCAUGAUGCUCUUUAUAGGGCCUGCUACGUGAUAUGCCAAUUUUGAUAUGGCCAUUUUCCGUAGAGUUGUUUUCAGCAAAAUUCCAUGGAACAAGAGCCACAGAAUUAACAAGUGUGCCUAUUUAGCAGGCAGAUUCCUGGGCUUCGCUAAUGGUCUGUUGAGUCAGCAGCUUUGCUAAUGAGCUCAAGAACCUGAAUUUUGACAGGCUCCACAAAUGAGCCUUAUGCACGCUGUGGUUUAAGAACCACUGCUUUUGGGCCUAAAGAAUUUCAUCUUUGGACAGAAAAUGACUAAUAAACUAUUUAUAUAAAAACCACCCUAUGAUUUAGUUUUUUUGUUCAUAGAAUUGAGAUGACAUUCAUUUUUCCUUGUGUUUAAAUACUUUCAAAACAUGCCUUCAACAUGCUAAAUAGGAAUUAGUCUAUUUUGCUAAGCGUAGCUAGAGUUUUAAAUUUCAUCUUCCAAAAAAUUACAAUUUCAUAUGAAAAUCAAUUAGUAAAAACAUGCCUUCAGUCAUCAGAUGACUGUGUCUAUUGUGUGCUUCCAUUGUGAUAUUCAGCCGAACCACGGCCUCUCGUGAGAGAAUGUGGUCUGGGGUUAAUACCACUGGGCUGGAGACCCAGCUCUAAUGCUUACUGAAUGCUGAGUUCAGUUUCUUUAACUGACCAAGGUGGUUGUGAAGAGCAAAUCAAGUAUGGCAAAUUAAACCUUAUAAAGGACUAUACAAAAGUAGGAAAUGUAUAAAGUCUUCUGGAUGUUUAUGCCACAUAAGGGUUUAUUAUUUAUAUUUUCUGAACAAAAGCACCAUAAGGGCAGUAAUGUCAGAUCUUGUUCACUUUUACCCUAGUACCUUGUAUGGUGAUGCAGGGUAGACAGUCAUAAUUGGGCAAUUCUGAUUUUAUGGAUUAUUACCUAUCUUAAACCUAUUUUAAGAAAUCAGAUUAAAUUAGAUAUUAUUUCAAUUACAUUUGGUUAACCUCAAAAGGUAUCUCAUAUUCAGAAGACACAUAUAGGUUCUUUAAAGAAUACAUGCAAGUAUCUUUUCUGAAAGUUUUAUUUGCUCCUAAAAUAUUUUAAUAGCUAAGGAGACCAAUUUUUUAAUGAAGAAAUUUCCAUUAUCUUUCCAAGUCCCAGUGUAGAUGCCAUCAGGCUUAAGCCUAUGUAUGACAGCUACUAUUUUUCAAUGAAACAUACAAAAAUGAUAGCAUUUCUAGUAAAUUUUACAAUGUAUAAAGCAUAUUUUUGUAUCCUUUCCUUUAAUUCUCACAACUACUUUGCAAGCUAAAUUAUUUCUUUCAGUCAAAAAAUAAAACCAGUGCCUCCCUGGUGGUGCAGGGGUUAAAGUCUCAGUACUAUCAAGCUAUCACCAGUCACUGUGGCUUGAGUUUGAUCCCUGGCCAGGGCAUAGCAGACCCCUCCUGUCUUGCCUGCUGCUCCCCUCAGCAGUGUAUUUCAGUAGAUCUGCCUGUUCUGGCCCCCAUUCUGUCUCUGGUGAAACCUCUCACCCCUCCACACCUCUGGCCUAUACCCCAGUCCUUGUAUGCAUAAAAUAAAAAAUAAAUCCUAACAAAACCAAAGCCAUGGAGUCAUCAUGUCAUUUUUAAUUCAGUUUCAUAUCCAAUAAUGAAGUUGAAAUUAUUUACAAGUUUCCUAUAUUUGAGAAAAAACAGAAGAUCUUUCUAAAUUGCAAUUUUGAAGAAGUUUUUAAUGUUUAUGGAGAUUACCUUCAUACAUAACUUUGUGUGUGAUUUAAGAAAGAUGAGACUUUGGAGUUUCCGAGAUCAGAAUGAAGCAUGUCCUUCCAGAAACAUAAAAACAUAUGACGUCACCUAAAACCAGAGCAAUGGUGAUACACAUGCAUGGACGAGGAUGAUGCUGUGAGAUGUUUUUCCACAGAUGUGAUGAAGAUGUGAACUGUUCCAGUUACAUUCUGUGCCAUGUUCCAUCUGAAAUGCUUGCAGCUCUGACUGAUUAGGCUGGUUGGUUGGGGUUAGAGAUACAAACUGACCACACAGAGACCUAGCCUGUAACUCUGGCUUUAAUAAAGGUUUCCAUCUCUCUUAACCAAAUGGUCUGAUUUAUUUU